AUGCCUUCUCAGAAGUCUUUCCGCACCAAGUCAAAGCUGGCCAAGGCCCAGAAGCAGAACCGCCCCAUCCCCGGCUGGUUCCGCAUGAAGACGGACAACAAGAUCCACUACAACGCCAAGCGUCGUCACUGGCGUCGCACCAAGCUCAACAUCUAA